GAAGGCUGAAAGCUGCUGACUCCGCACCACUUCAAAAACAAAACCCUAGCGCCUUUCCUCUCCAAACUUCAUCAGCCAGCCGCCCCCGUCUGUGCUCGCAGAUCUACACCUUUUGAUUUCGUUUCCAGCUCGCACUUGCAGUAAUGGUGCGCGUCAGUGUUCUCAAUGACGCUCUGAAGAGCAUGUACAACGCCGAGAAGAGGGGGAAGCGACAGGUCAUGAUCCGGCCGUCGUCAAAGGUCAUCAUCAAGUUCCUCCUGGUUAUGCAGAAGCAUGGAUACAUUGGGGAGUUUGAGUAUGUUGAUGACCAUAGAGCUGGAAAGAUUGUGGUUGAGCUUAAUGGGAGGCUGAACAAGUGUGGGGUUAUCAGUCCCCGAUUCGAUGUCGGUGUGAAGGAGAUUGAAGGCUGGACUGCUAGGCUUCUGCCUUCCAGACAGUUCGGAUAUAUUGUGCUGACAACAUCUGCUGGAAUCAUGGACCAUGAAGAAGCUAGGAGAAAGAAUGUUGGUGGCAAGGUCCUCGGUUUCUUUUAUUGACACGAUGAAGCACAACUUUAGGAACUUUUUGUGAAAUUUUGGUUUCGUUUCAUUUGUUUUUGCCGAAGGAAGAGAACCCUUUUUCUCACCAAUGCUGGUUUGAAAUAUUUAUUGUACUAGGAUAUUUAGUUUUAUGUUUUGUUUUGAUUGACUUUCAUGUUAUUGCAAGCCUCAAUGAUAAAGUUACUUGGUAUCCAGCGGAAAUGGCAUUGUAUUGGAAUUUUAUUCA